CGCGGCAAUUUCGGCGGCGUCCUCUCCUCUCCAUCCAUCUGCCUCACCCUCCCCCGCCGCCUCAACACGGCGCCAUCCUCAUCACGAACCCACCAAACAAACAAAAGGCGGACCCAACUCCCCCUCCUCCACCUUCCCCGGAGCACAAAUCUCCCAUCCCAAUCCCCGCCCCCGUCGGUAGCCGAUCGCGUCGACGAUGCUGGGCGCCGCGAGGAGAUCCGGAUGCGUGCUGGGGCAACUGAUGCAGACCCUCCGCCCGGCGGCCACGGCGGCGAGGAGCUACUCCGCGACCCCGAAGGAGAUGACUGUGCGUGAAGCAUUGAAUUCCGCCCUUGACGAGGAGAUGUCUGCCGACCCUUCUGUUUUCUUAAUGGGAGAAGAGGUUGGAGAGUACCAAGGUGCGUACAAGAUAACAAAGGGUUUGCUGGACAAGUAUGGUCCUGAUAGGGUUCUCGAUACACCAAUCACAGAGGCUGGUUUUACUGGCAUUGGCGUUGGUGCUGCCUACCAAGGUCUUAGACCUGUAGUAGAGUUCAUGACAUUUAACUUCUCAAUGCAGGCAAUUGAUCACAUCAUCAAUUCAGCUGCCAAAUCAAACUACAUGUCAGCUGGUCAGAUAUCCGUUCCUAUUGUUUUUCGAGGACCAAAUGGGGCAGCUGCUGGAGUUGGUGCUCAACACUCGCAGUGCUAUGCAGCAUGGUAUGCUCAUGUUCCAGGAUUGAAGGUCCUAACUCCCUAUUCUGCAGAAGAUGCUCGAGGCUUGCUAAAAGCUGCAAUCAGGGAUCCAGACCCUGUUGUUUUCCUGGAAAAUGAAUUACUCUAUGGUGAAUCGUUUCCUAUUAAGGCUGAAGUACUUGAUUCUAGCUUCAGUGUCCCAAUUGGCAAAGCUAAGAUAGAACGGGAAGGAAAAGAUGUUACAAUUACUGCAUUCUCUAAGAUGGUUGGGUAUGCUCUUCAGGCUGCAGAGAUACUGUCCAAGGAGGGAAUCAGUGCUGAGGUGAUCAACCUUCGGUCAAUUAGACCGUUGGAUAGAGCUGCUAUCAAUGCAUCUGUCAGGAAAACCAGCAGAUUGGUAACCGUUGAAGAAGGCUUUCCACAACAUGGUGUUGGUGCUGAAAUAUGCAUGUCCGUAGUGGAGGACAGCUUUGAGUAUCUUGACGCACCAGUUGAGAGGAUUGCCGGAGCUGAUGUACCUAUGCCCUAUGCGGCAAACCUUGAAAGAUUGGCAGUUCCACAGGUUGAGGACAUCGUCCGUGCAGCAAAGCGAGCUUGCUACAGAUCAUCAUCCAUGGCGGCAAACGCCUAAGCACAAAUGCAAGUUUUGUUUCUUGGCCUUCUUCUUUGUUCCUUGUCCAGAAAAAAUGUACCGAAUCGCAUAAUUGUAUCCCCCAACUCGUGUGAGCUAAUUUUGUAGAUCUGCAUGCAUUGUUGAUUCCGAUCUGUCCGCGGCAGUUGGAUGACUGCAUUGAGUUCAUGGUUCAUCCCGAGACAUUUGAAUCAUGCAACUUCUGGAGGUUUACAUCACUGAGGGAUGUAUAAAUAACAUGUAUGUAACUGAAUUAAACACGGUCAGGUACCAGUACACGAUUUUGCUCUGACU